ACYUGUUUUCCUGUAAUAUGCAUGGCCAAAGGAUUGCCUAGCAAAGCCCCGCUAUGUUGGACGGAAAUAAUGCUGUGAAGUGUGAAGCUGACAAAAAUUGAAAAAAUGGAACGAAAUCAUGUCUAGCUGUGGGAAAAAUUUCGUCGGAAAGCAGCAAGCAAAAGUGAAGUUCCAAAGCUUGAAGAAUUCUGGGCAACAUUUCAUGAGGUUGUCAUUACUGCUCAUAUCUGUUGCUGGGAUUAUUGUCUUCGUAGSAMCCACUUCGCCAARGUAUGCGGACGACACACACGAAAGAGGACAUGAACGCAAACGAAGACAAAGUCUUGACAAGUCGACAAGGAAUGACGAUCCAUGCGAGUUUUCAGCUGAAGCUAAACGUGCUGGCCUUCCUCAAUUCCUGGACAGCGUAAAGUGGGCGUAUGUAAAGUCCUUUCCGUUUAUUACACUUUAUCGCAGCGAGCUGACACCAAAACAAAUGAGACAAGCAUACGGUCCUUACKUCCCCUACCCUUCGAGACUGAAGACCAUAUCAGAUACUUCACUUGCUCUGGCGCAAAAGAUAAAAAAACUGAAGAUAAAUAAAAAGCGUUUAAAGAUAAGAGAACGAAGAAUGCUUUCUCUUGCAAAACAUUUCCUUAAAAACCACUUUGGGAGUCCUUACACAGACAAUUAUUAUGCAGGUACGUGGAUGUCAGGCCCUAGUGGCCAAUGUUCUGUUCAAGGCAUCGCCUAUGUUAGACUCCAAGUCGCCACCCUAUUUAUUCUUUUCCCGCCGGGAAAUGCUCGAGUUCUUGAAGAAAUCUUUUUGUCUCUACGAGAUACUGGUCGAGGCGUGAGGCAGUACYUCCAGAACAUSAAACGUGGAAUAAACACAGGUAUGAUAAACUCUCGACAUGAUUGUCUCGCCGGGAUAGAMUGUUUACAAUCAUUGUAUCGUGGAUUUGGUGAAAAGCUAGACGGAAAAACGAUUCUAAGUUGGUUUCAUCCGAAUAGCUUCGUUUUCAAUAUUACAAAGUUUCUACGAUUCUUGGAUGCACAACCUCAUCUGGAACGACAGUGGAAAGUAAAAUAUAACAGUASUUUUAGACAGUCAUUGCGUUAUAAUCUCGUCCAGUACGUCGGUCGUCCUCUAGACGAGUUGAUCCACUAUCUAAAGAAUGUUCAUCUGCUGUACUGUGUGCCUGAGGGCGUCAUUCAUGGMCUGGGUAGCCGCCCCGUUAAGUAUAUUUACUACAAUGGCUCAAGAACCAAUCAGACGACAGCUCCRUAUAUGGAUACAGGGGAAAUAAUGAAUGGCAGAGGUGCAUAUGAACAGGUCUUAAAGUACUAUACCACUUUGCCUUACACUCCAGAUUCAGUAAAUCGAAUUGGAUGGCACAUGAUUGGUCAGUUGUACUCCAAAGCCAUUCAAAUCGCUAAAAACAUCACUGGAAUUCAAGARUCUCGCAAAGCAGUGACGGAGUUCAAGAAGCUCAUCAAUAAACCUGAAAUGUUUUUAAACCAAAAGCCUUUUCCAUUAAAUGAAUCAGACGAACGAGCUUACAAACUUUGCUCGUCUAGCAAUGAAAACGCCAGAUUGUUUUGUCCAGUGCGRUAUGCAACGAUGCAGAAAUGGUUCAAAGUCGCUCGUCAAAGCAUUGCARACAUCAAGCCUAAGGUCAACCAUUUAUUCUAUAACAAGGGGCCUAAGAAAACUCGUCCGUCCUGCUCUAUUGACGUCCAAAUGAGUCUAGACCCUUCUGAAGCGGUUCAGAGCUAUCAAGCAAGUGAGAGCUGGUGCCCAUCUCCUGCUCAGUAUAACAUACCAUUCUUUGUCGACCGAAUGGGUCCGACAUACGCUGAAAUGGCAGUCASCGCCCAUGAAGCAUCGCCCGGGCACCAUUUACAAAUUCAAGGGCAUCUGGAAAACUUCAGGGAUAUCUGCGAUUCAUCAUUGGACCUGCUAACUGAUCAACAGUUUACUGUAUUUGCCGAGGGCUGGGCUAUGUACGCUGAACACCCUAUAGCAUCAUUGAAUAUGCAAUUGUUCAAGAACCAUCAACUGGGGCAGUAUGGCUUGUUGAAAACUCAACUGUGGCGUGCGUUACGACUGGUCAUUGAUACUGGCCUUCACCAUAGAGACAUGUCACGCAAUCAAGCCAUCGGACUUUUUCGUGACUACCUUUGGGAAACUGGAGAUGUUCCAGAGAAAGAAGUGAAACGUUACCAGUCAUGGGCAGGCCAGGCUGCGACGUACAUGACAGGCCAACUAGCAUUAUGGAGAUUACGCAAUUACGCGAAACGUCGACUGGGACGGAAGUUUGACAUAAAGGAGUUUCAUUAUCAGAUUCUGCGACAUGGACAGGUUCCGAUAGACUUUUUGGAAGAACAUAUCACGAUGUUUGUUGAAUGCGUCCUGAAAAAUACGAAAACUGGAUGUCGAGAAAUUCUGGGCAGCCCAAAGGCUCAAACAAAGCACCCAACAACUGGAAAACUGAAAACAAGAGAAAUGCGAAAAAAACGUAUUUUAAAACUAAAGAAAUAUUUCGGACACGCUCAGUCAAAAAAAUAUCUAUUUUYAUUAACUAAAAGAACUCUCUAGAAGACAGAAAAACGAGCUUGAGUGUCCGCAUUUACUUUAAAUCAUUUGUAAUCCAAAUACCACUUGUUAUACUAAGUGUAUGUGAAGCAAAAUCUCCACUUGAUUAGUCGACCAUUUUAAGCGUUUACAAGAAUAAAUACUUCAAUCAGUUGAAACUCUGUUGAUUCUGCUUUCUACAUCUAAAUCUUACGUUUAUUAAUCAGCAACGCUUUCACAUGGCAAGCCGAUAUACAUUUACAAAUAUAAAUAUUAUAAUUAUAUAAAAAUUAAUCUAAAAUAUCAAAUUAAAAAUAUAAAUAUCCUGAUUAUAUGAAAAUUAAUCUAAAAUAUGAAACAACAUUUGAAGAGAGAAAUAAUAAACUAUUCUAUUCUA